CCAACAGAUGCUUAACUAUGGUAAGCACAUGAAUUGAAUCCCAGUUUAAACACAAUUCUAAUCAUAUGGUGGAGUCGGGGGUCCUAGUACUGGUAUUUAUCAAUAUUUGUGCAUGGAUAUUGAGCAUUCUUUAUGUACAAAUGGCAUGGCCAGAAAAUCUCUGCCAACUCUAUAUGAUAUGGAAGAUCUUUUGAAAGGUUGUGAUUGUUUCAACUUGGUCUUACACAAGAAGCAAUUGGAUUUACUAUGUUGUGCUUUGUUUUCACAAGCAAUUGGAUUUAGUAUGCAUGUUCUGCUUUCAAGAGUUACUACUACUAGUGCUGGUACUAGUUCUAGUACUAGUACUAGUACUAGUACUAGUAGAACUUCUUGUUGUUCUUGUGCGGACAAAGCACAAUCAUGAGUAGCUAGUAGUGAGUCACCUCACUUUUUAGUAUUGUAAACCCUUUACUUUACAACACCAGAGAGCAUACAUACAUUUUGCAGGUUAUAGUAGUAGUGGUCUGUUUGUAAGAACACUGACUAUUCUCUGUCAAAAAACAACACACCAACAACAAUACCCAACACACAGAGCAAAUGAAGGAAUUCCAUUCCUAUUUCAGGGCCCUCUGUUAGUAGUACUAGUAGUAGUAGUUUCUGAGGAAGACAGUUGCCAACCAAGAUCAGGGUUUUGCAAAGGUUUUUGCCAUUUUUAAACAAACAAGAGAAGCAAAGGGAGUAUUGCCCAGGAAAUAUUAUCUUUCUUGUUUCUCUUUGGAAAAAAAUUGACAAAUCAAUGAGAAUAUUGCCUCAGUAACAUUCUCUUUGUUUUUGAUGUUCUAGUAAACAUUAAACCACACGUGCUGGCACUAACUUAGUUUUUGCACCCGUAAAAACUUUUACGUCGGCGAGCCAAUAGCUAGUACGAAUACGUACGGUAAGUACUUACACUACAGUAACUGUACUUUUACUGUUAACGGUAAUAAAAAGAUAGGCAUUUUGAUCAGAAAAACGAAAAAUGGGGUAUUCGCACCAGUUACCCAACGGAAAGGACCACUUGUACAACUAGCAACAUAAUAAUUCACAAUUGAAAGCAACCGAAUUCGCCUGUCCCGUCUUGGCUAGACGGUAAACCAUGCAACUGAAGUUUGUUCGCACCAACAUCAACGCUUGGAAUUAUACGAACUAAGAUACACCUCUUUCCAACGGCUUGGUUUGAUUUUAGGGUUACUUUUUCUCGAUUGUGAAAGUCAUCGUUAUUGCAAAGYACCAUGUCGGCUUUGCAAAUGGCCAAAGACGAGAAUGGUGUUUGCCAGGGAUCUAUUAGAAAAACAGUCACCAUUAGCAGCAGCAAAAAACCUGGGCGUAGAAACAGUGGGGCAUUCACGUUAUCUUUUAGCAGCAGAAAUUCUUCGUCGGCCUCGUUGGAUACAAGCCMGAACCUUUUGACGUAUUCUUUGCUCGUCGGCGUAAAACUGAUUUGCUACGAAAGUAUGGCUACGAUGUUCAAUGGCGACCAUCCGUUAGCCCAAUAUAGUUUGGUAGGGGCUUCUCCGGUUUCGGACAAUUCAACGGCAUUUCGAGCAGUGACAGAUCGUGGGACUCAUCUUCUAUGCAGCGUUCCGACGAAAGGAUGUCGCGAGGUAUGGCUAAGCGCACUAAAUGCUGGUCUAGAGUAUCGGUUGCUGCAAGAAUCGGAGCGAAAGAAACGUUCCAAUAAUGGUGAUUCUUCUGACGAUUAUUCAAGAAGCAAGAAAAUUUUGUCGCCUGUUAAACCAACCUAUCCUCGCGGAGUAAAAUACAAAUCGGCACCAGUGCGGUAUUGCCAUUCGUGUGGAAAGGUCGAACUCAACAAGUCAUCUGAAUCACCAGCGUAUUAUCAAGCACCGUUGCCUCAAUACGGUAUUGAAGAACGAGUUGAUGUGUGCGUCAAUUGCCAUAAAGCCCAAGGUGUCCUAGAAAAUUGUGAUUGGAUGGAAGAAUUGUAUGCAGCGCAGCAAAAAGAGCAACUUGCUAUGCUAAAUGCUCGUCAGCUUGUAUUGGACAAACUUGGACAAAAAGCAAACCAUGAUCAGCAAUCCACAAGCUUGAAAAAAGAAAGUGACUCAGGUGUUGAAUCAGGUCAUGAUAGUACUCAUACAGAUAUGGAUGACUCUUCGUUUGCUGGCGAUGGCGACGUCAUCAACGAUAGCGACAAUGGCAACAAUGUAAAAAAACCGGAAGAAUCAGAUCGAGACUCUACAGGGCGACUAUUACCAAAAGCUCAUACUAUUCAACUCAAACCUUUGUCGCACCACGUGCUGGGUUUGGUUCUAGAAUCACCUGAGGGAGUUGCUUUACAACGACUCAGUCCUACUCUACGAAGGUUGUGCACCCAAUUCCAACAGGGUAUGAUCGGCCUCAUGGAAUUUAUGGAGCUCUUGGAAGCGGCAAUUGGAAUUCGUGAUCCAGCUAUGGCUGAGCUUAAGAAACAAGCAUUUCGUGUAGCAGGUGAUAUGGGAACUGCUCUGAAACUGUUAUAUGAACAAUGCUUGCCACCCGCGGUAGAAUCAUCUGCCGGGAACAACUCAUURGAUUCUUUGAGCAGGCAAAAUCGGCGGCGAUCGAACUUGGGUAGUAAUGAUCUCGUAUCAACAGAAUUGCUGCAGUGUAUCUUGGAAUUCUUUUUGGAUUUGGUCGUAGAAGAGGACGAGCUGGACACAUUGGCAUUCUUCUGGCCUCAAAUCUCUAAUAUCCACUUACAAAUGUUGCCACCCAAGGAUGCUCUGUCGUUGCAAAAAAUUGAGUUGGUGGAAGACUUUUUGUUGACGGUAGCCUCGAAGUACUCAAUCCAUUUGGCGAAUGAAUUGGUUUGGAGUCACACAGCUGACCUUGAAGACGCACUGAGUGGGAGUUACGAAGGUAGUACCACGACAUUUUGUGGACAUAGGCAAAGUGCCGUGCUACGAUUUUUAUGUGAGCUAGAAUCCUUAUUGUUUGAUUUUGACACAUGUUGGGGUGGUGGAUCGGUGACCACUGGGCAAUUCAUGUCACCUUCAGACCAUCAAAUUGAAUUACUCAAGUCUUCUGUCGCUAGAAUUCAAACUUAUCGUCUUAUGGUCGAACGCGACCGACUGACUCGAUCUCAUCGAUUAGAGAAGUUGCAGAAGUCUUUAGGACUAUCAUCACCGGAAUCGCCCGAAACUCAAGCUCUGGAAGCUAUGAGGGUAGCUAACAAUGCUGACUACUUAUCCAGCCAUUUGGUCUUUACUAAAAGAUUGUGCGAUAUCGCUGAAAGACUUCGAUUCUUGCCUGUGACCGAACGCAGGGGUGUUCUUAGCACCGAAUUGGCCAAAUUGAAUGCUUCUGGAACCAUGGGUGGAGAUCCCACAAAUAUCAUCAAAGAAGGCCGGACAAGAGUUGUAAGAAUACCCGUAAUGGAAGGACACGUAUUUCGAAGCAAAGCAAGAACGCCGGUGUUAUUAUUGGUUGAAACACUGGAAGAGGGUAUUGCUUCAGACCAAAGUACCAACGAAAUCGAAUCUAUUGUUGAGGAAAUAGAGAAAGAAUCAAAAAUGAUUGUUGAAGAAAAAAUAGAUUCGGAUGACACUUCAUCUGUGAAUGGCUUGAGUACGUUACAAAACGAGGAGUCGGCAGAGUUCAUUGAAGAUCCCAGAGAUUCCGAGGGCGGAGAAGUCAAUGAUACUGUCGAGAAUGAAAUGAGAGUCUCAGUAGACACUCACGAUGAUAAUACUGUACAUAGUGAAARGGAGGCAAGAAUAAAGGAAGAAGUGUCAAAUCAAGAAGAAUUAACGACACUUCCAAACGAAAUUGGAAGCUCGGCGGAUAUACCACUUGAAAAACCUGAUAGUGAUAGKGGAGAUGAGAUAAAGCCGGUUCAAAAUCUAAUCGAAAACGUGUCUGAAAAAUUCAAUGUGAUAAAGAUAGAAUCCAAUAAAGCUAACGCGGACGACUUAGCGGUAUCGUCGCAUCUUAAGCCAGGAGAAGAAGGAACAAAGGUUUCUUCGAAAGUUGAUGGUCUCAAAACGAGGGAUGAAUCCGAAUUGUUUCAGAUUGAAGCAGCAGCAGCCAAGGAAGACACUAUCGAGACAGAUGAAGAGGCUAAAGCAUGCCAAUUUGACCAUGGACUCGUUGAAGACGACAAAAAGACGUCACUAACAGAAGAUAAAAAAGUCGUGUUUGAGGACGUGAUCAUGCCAGAGUUGGAUACAUCAACUCGAUCUUCGAGACUAGGUUCCGUUCAGUCCURUCACUCAGCAGACACAAUAAGCUCAUUGAAUACAAGUCUUCAUGACAAGGACGUUCCAAGGCGUGAGUUUUCAAGAGUGCAUUAGUUGAUUUUCGGCAUCAGCUUUCCAGCUCAUUUGUUGUUUGUCUGUCUCUUUGUUUGUGUGUUAAUAGACGCUCUUCGAAGGUUUGAUAGUCCGAAGACGAAACCAAAAAUCAUCACCCCAACUACAGAUAGAAAAAUGGUGGAAAAUAUAAUGACAAGCGUAGUUGCAAAACAACUCCAUUUACCAAGCCUCGCACCAGAUUCGAACACACAUGUCUACGGAAAGGACAUCAAAAGUGAAAACCACGGGACGCUUGCUUCUUCUAAAUUAGAAGAACAGCAGCRAGGCAGCAGCAGUUCUUCUGUAGAUCGCAAACAGCAGCAGCAACAAAAGUAUGUCUCCCCGAAACAUGCUAAGAUAAAAAACUUGGGUACCGGCAGUACCGGUCAAGAACUGUGCAACGGUCUAUCCAAGACAGGAGGAACAAGGCGCGAAGUUUUAACUGCUAUCAUGACGAAAGGAAUGUCUGGGAGUCAUGUCAUUGCCGAGCAAGCAGCAACUGGAGCAAAAAGGCACUUACAAGAUCUCGAGAGGAGAGUUGCUGUGGAAGCUCUGCUCACCGGAGGAAUGGGUGCUGCCUUAACAGCUACUGAUGAUAAAAGAGAGGAGUUAUUAUCGUUGGGCAUCCGUUCUGCAAGCCGGGAAGAUGUAGACUUGGAUGAUAACAAGUCAGAUGAUGAYGAAACUAUGGAGGCUAUUCGCCUGUUACUGAUCCAGUAUCGUGUGGCAAAUGGCUCUAUCAGUGCKAAUGAUGCGGCAGCCCUACUCGCACCCCAUCCAACGGCAAGAUCCAAGAAGAACGAGYUGGGUACGAUUAUACAUAAUGGACGAGAAUUUCCAGAAAUUGAUGCGGGAGAUAUUGAUUCACGGCUAGUUGGUUGCGGGGUUUUACCUCCUGCUGUUCUGCAAGCUCUAACUCUAUGGAAAGGAGAUGCAAUUUCCAACGGAGAGCUUCUUGAACUUGUGAAGAAAGAUUUUGAAUUUGAAAAACAAUCGAAGCUCGUAGAACAAAACACAGAUAAACUYAAUGAAGACUCAGCUUUUUGGGGAAGGUUCGCCUUUGGUGAACGAUGGGCAGAGAAACGAUCCCGAAUAGCUGCUUCGAGUCCAGAAGCAGUUUUACCAGGUUGGGAUCUAACAGCCAUAAUUGUGAAGUCAAACGAUGACUUGCGGCAAGAAUCCUUCGUGAUGCAGCUMAUCGAACUGUCUCAUGAAGCUUUUCAAGAGGCAGAGCUGGAGCUUUGGCUCAAUCCUUAUCGAAUCAUAUCUACUGGCAGGACAACUGGCAUCAUGUCUUGCAUUCGCAAUGCUAUGUCUUUCGACGGACUAAAGAAAAGGCCUGGUUAUGGUACCGGGGGAAUCCGGGGGCAUCUCCUAAGAAUGACAGAGCAUGCUGCAAACCCUGGAGAAGCCUUUCAAUCUGCUCAAAGAAACUUUGUGAGGAGCCUUGCCGCUUAUUCACUACUAUCGUACAUGUUUUUGUUCAAAGAUCGUCACAAUGGGAAUAUUAUGUUGGAUACCUACGGCCAUGUCAUCCACAUCGAUUUUGGGUUCGUGUUCGGGAUCGCACCGGGUGGAUCCUUCAGCUUGGAAAUGUCUACUCCAUUUAAGUUAACAGAGGAAAUGAUCGAAGUCAUGGGAGGUCUUCGAUCUUCACUUUUUUCGGAAUUUGUGACUCUCUUUUGCUGUGGCUUUUUGGCCUUGCAGGCACAUUACGACACGUUUGCGACCCUCGUAGAAGUGACAUCUCGAGGGAGUACCUUCCCGUGCUUUGAUGGCCGAGAUACUGCUGAUAUAAUCAGCAAAAUKGAAGACAGAUUCUGCCCCGACCUGAACAAGGAAGAAUCAGUGGCUCAUGUUUUGGACGUUAUCAAAGAAGCGGUAGGUUCGUACGGAACGAAACAAUACGACUACUUCCAGUAUCUCUCCCAAGGGAUUGCCACCUAAAUACCUAUAAUUMAUUUUACUUCAGUGGGAAUGGGAAGAAAGUGACCUUCCGUUGCUGCCACCAUCAAUCCGGAAUGAAGGUAUUUGGUCCCAAGCUUUGUAUAUCAGUCGUUGAUUUCUCAUAAYUGAAAAUGAAUGAGUCUCUACUCGCUGUUGUGAAGAUUCUAUGGUACGCUACACUUAUCUUACGUACCGUCAUCGUUUAUUGUAGAUUAUUACUGAAUGACCUACCAAUCAAUCGGCAAUAAAAUUAGAAGUAGAAUUUACGUGAAAUUCGGUCAUCCACAUCUGUAACUUUGCCAGCCUAUCUGGUUCAAAUCCUCUUGAGCAUCCUUUGCUUCCCCAUAAAAUCAAUGUACUAUGUAUGGGAAUAGAAUUUAACUUGCGUG